GUCACGUCCUGUAUCACUGACGGGCUGCACAAGCAACAGCGCUUGUAAGCAGCAGGAAGUAACUGAGGAGGAAGAGACAGAGGCUGGUGCGGGGAUGCGGUGUGUGUACAACAGAGGAGGGCUGCGGAGAUGACCGUCCUGGCCGGCGGCUGUGAAUUAGAUCUAAGCGUCUUGCAGAGCAACCGAGUCCCCUGACCGUGGUCGUCACCAGCGCGUUACCAUGGAGAUGGUGGUAGCUAAGAUCCUGUGCCUGCUGGGCGUGUUCGCGCUCAUGCUCGGGGGCAUUCUGGUCCCGGUGAGGGUGAUGCGCGUCGACAGCGAGAAAGCCCAGCGCUACCGGCGGGCCGUGGCCUUCAGCAACGCCUUCGGAGGAGGAGUGUUCCUGGCGACCUGCUUCAACGCGCUGCUGCCCGCCGUCAGAGAGAAGGUGGCGGCGGUGCUGCAGACGGUGGGGGUCAGCACGGAGUACCCUCUGGCGGAGACCAUGAUGAUGCUGGGCUUCUUCCUCACGGUGUUCGUGGAGCAGGCCGUGCUGACCUUCCGCAAGGAGCGGCCGUCCUUCAUCGACCUCGAGACCUUCAACGCGGGCGGCUCCGAGGGCGGCAGCGACUCGGAGUACGACACGCCCUUCAUCGCGCCGCCCCGCGGGUCAGCGGCCGGACACGGGCAUCACCACGGGCACCUCAGCCCCGCCGAACUCGCCCGCGCCGGACCCCUCCGCCUCGCCAGCCUGGUGCUGGCGCUCUCGGCCCACUCGGUGUUCGAGGGGCUGGCGCUGGGGCUGCAGGAGGGCGGAGCCAAGCUGGGCAGCCUGUUUGUGGGCGUGGCCGUGCACGAGACGCUGGCGGCGGUGGCGCUGGGCGUGAGCGUGGCGAAGAGCGGGAUGCCCAUGCGCGACGCCGCCAAGCUGGCGCUGACCGUGAGCCUGAUGAUCCCCGUGGGCAUCGGCCUGGGCAUGGGCAUCGAGACGGCGCAGAACCUGGCGGGCAGCAUCGUGUCGGCGGUGCUGCAGGGCAUGGCGGCGGGCACCUUCCUCUUCGUCACCUUCUUCGAGAUCCUGGCGCGCGAGCUGGAGGACAAACACGACCGGCUGCUCAAAGUGCUCUUCCUCGUCAUGGGCUACGGCAUCCUGGCAGGCCUCGUCUUCAUCAAGUGGUGACACACACACGCACACACGCACACACACACACGCACACACACACACACACACACACACACACACACACACACACACUCUUCCUCAUCAUGGGCUACGGCAUCCUGGCAGGCCUCGUCUUCAUCAAGUGGUGACACACACACACACGCACACACACACACACACACACACACACACACACACACACACACACACACACACACACACGCACACACACACACACACCUGCUGUUGGGCAUGUCUACCGGCACAACCAAAGGAAGUACUUGUUGGUGUUACCGCAAGGCCGCUGAUCUCUUUCAAUCAACCAAGGACGGAGUGAAGCUGGACAUUUGACCCCUAUUGACCUACGACCCCUAUGACCCCUGACUGUUGUGUCUGCUACAGUGUGAAGUUAGCAUUAGCCUAUUGAAGCCACGUUACACUGUAGCCUCUAUGACUGCUGUGUCUGCUACAGUGUGAAGUUAGCAUUAGCCUAUUGAAGCCACGUUACACUGUAGCCUCUAUGACUGCUGUGUCUGCUACAGUGUGACGUUAGCGUUAGCCUAAUGAAGACACGUUAGCGUUAGCCUAAUGAAGCCACGUUACACUGUAGCCUCUAUGACUGCUGUGUCUGCUGCAGUGUGACGUUAGCGUUAGCCUAAUGAAGACACUCUUUUAUAACAUGCUGUUUGUUUCCAAAAAGUCAAACAAUGGAGCCCCUGCAGGAGAGGGCAUAUCUACACACUGAGCCCUUGCAGGAGAGGGCAUAUCUCAACACUAGAGCCCUUGCAGGUGCAGGAGAGGGCGUAUCUCAACACUGAGCCCUUGCAGGUGCAGGAGAGGGCAUAUCUACACACUGGAGCCCUUGCAGGUGCAGGAGAGGGCGUAUCUCAACACUGAGCCCUUGCAGGUGCAGGAGAGGGCAUAUCUACACACUGGAGCCCUUGCAGGAGAGGGCGUAUCUCAACAGAACUCUGCAGCUUAAAGGAGCGCACUCUUGCAUUCAUGUGUUGGCCUGUAAAUAAGUAUUUACUGUAUGAGGGGUUUGAUGGGCAGCUGCUGCAGGGCAAAACUCUAGCAUAAGGUGAAGUGUAAUAGCCAUCUUUUAGCAUACUGUGUACUGUUACUGAGCUAUAUUGCCAUUAUUUACCGGAAAUCUACAGCACUGUCCUAAUGUGUUGCUCAGAGUAGAGCAGAGACGUUAUUAAUCAAUCAUCCUCCAGAUAUGAUUGGAUGUGCCUAUUAAUAGAAAAGUACACUAAAUUAAUUAUCCGCCAGAAAACGCCACUUGAACCGCUGUAAUCGAUUGGCAGCUUUGCCAUGAAAUCUGUUCCACUCUACUGCGCCUCGGGGCACAGCUAUUAUGACGUGCGACUGAAGCGCUUCAUCUACUGCGCCACAGGUCACAGGUCGCAGGUCACAGGUCACAGCUGUUAUGACGUGUGACUGAAGCGCUUCAUCUACUGCGCCACAGGUCACAGGUCACAGGUCACAGGGCACAGCUGUUAUGACGUGGGACUGAAGUGCUUCGUCUGCUUCUGCCACCCUUCUCUGUAAUACACUGUUCAUGAAAGCCAGUCACACUGUUAAAACCCCCUGCUGUGUGUGUGUGUGUGUGUGUGUGUGUGUGUGUGUGUGUGUGUGUGUGUGUGUGUGUGUGUGUGUGUGUGUGUGUGUGUGUGUGUGUGUGUGUGUGUGUGUGUGUGUGUGUGUGUGUGUAUGGGGGAAUGUCUGCUUUGGUUUUAAAGUGUAUUGUGACGUGUGCUGUGCUGUGCGCUGGCUAGAGUUUAUAUGAGGAUAUAUGAAUAUGGAGUUUAUAUGGGGAUAUUUAGAGUGUCUAUAAGGACAUAUGAAUAUACAGUUUAUAUGAGAACAUGAAUAUAGAGUUUCUAUAAGGACAUCUGAAUGCUUGUGCAACGUCAGGAGAUGCAGCCUGUCUGUCUGCAGAGGGCCCAUAACAUGACCACUCAGUGGCAGCAGCGUCCAGUUAACGUUGCUCACGAUGACAGAGACCGAAGACUACAGCGUCCAGUUAACGUCGCUCACUAUGGCAGAGACCGAAGACUACAGCGUCCAGUUAACGUUGCUCACUAUGACAGUGACACAGAAGACUACAGCGUCCAGUUAACGUCGCUCACUAUGACAGAGACCGAAGACUGCAGAGGACAAUUUCAAAUCCAUGAUCAUAAUAAUAUGACACAUUUGCGUAACUUUGUUAUUUUUGUAAGUGAGCACAUUGUAAGAUCAUUUGGGGUUUAUGUUGUUGUUGUUGUUGUUGUUGUUUUGACUCCGGUGUAUGAAUAUUAUCCGUGACUGUUUCAGGAAAAUAGGGAUCUUUAGUUACUUCUCCUUAUAGUUGCGUUAAUAGUUAAGUGUCAGUGUUGUGUUACAGUAAAGCCUGUGGAUCAGCUGAUUUCAUGUUUUGCUGGCCAACUCUCCCCAACCCCCCGGCCCUCACAGCUCAACUACCCAGCUGAACUACCCAGCCCCCCGGCCCUCACAGCUCAACUACCCAGCUCAACUACCCAGCCCCCCGGCCCUCACAGCCCAACUACCCAGCUCAACUACCCAGCUCAACUACCCAACCCCCCGGCCCUCACAGCUCAACUACCAAGCUCAACAACCCAACCCCCCGGCCCUCACAGCCCAACUACCCAGCUCAACUACCCAGCCCCCCGGCCCUCACAGCUCAACUACCCAGCUCAACUACCCAACCCCCCGGCCCUCACAGCCCAACUACCCAGCUCAACUACCCAGCCCCCAGGCCCUCACAGCUCAACUACCCAGCUCAACUACCCAACCCCCCGGCCCUCACAGCCCAACUACCCAGCUCAACUACCCAGCCCCCCGGCCCUCACAGCUCAACUACCCAGCUCAACUACCCAACCCCCCGGCCCUCACAGCUCAACUACCCAGCUCAACUACCCAACCCCCCGGCCCUCACAGCUCAACUACCCAGCUCAACUACCCAACCCCCCGGCCCUCACAGCUCAACUACCCAGCUCAACUACCCAGCUCAACUACCCAACCCCCCGGCCCCCACAGCUCAACUACCCAGCUCAACUACCCAACCCCCCGGCCCUCACAGCUCAACUACCCAGCUCAACUACCCAGCUCAACUACCCAACCCUCCAGCCCUCACAGCUCAACUACCCAGCUCAACUACCCAGCUCAGCUACCCAGCUCAACUACCCAACCCCCCGGCCCUCACAGCUCAACUACCCAGCUCAACUACCCAGCUCAGCUGUUCCCAGGUCACACACAGGGUUCCUUCCUUUAUUCCUUUAUUUAUAGAGAGAUUAAAUUAUAAUUAUAAUUAUAAUAAUUUAACUGUUACCAAUUGCAAAUCAACCAAUUAUGUAAGGUUUGAAGAAUAUUUGAAAGAUGUCUUGGUUUUUGUUAUAUUUAAAUUUUAUAUCCAACUGGGUUCAUAAAUGAAGUGUAAAAUAUUGUAAUUAUUAUCUGUAUACAUAAAUAAAAUAUGAAUUGUAUUCCA